CUCGUCUAUUUCUCUUAUAAAAAAUUAAAUAAAAAUAUUAAACCAUUCGGUAACUACUAAAAAGUUGUAGAGACCAAUUCACCUUUCAACUGGACCCUCCAUCCCUACCCCGCGAACUGGUCAGACCAGAAUUCCAUUACAAGAAAGCACUAGAUAUUGUAGCACAAACCUCUAGAAAUUCGGACUUUAGUCAUUUGAUCUUAUUCCCACCUAAAUUUGACGAAGCAAAAAAUGUUGGAUUUACAGUGAAAAGUUAGUCACCUACUGUAUACUUUGUCUCCACCUAAAUUUUUUUCGUCUUUAGUGUUGGGAAAAUAUGUAAUAUAAUUAUCGCGUUUACUUUACUUCUUCGUGUUAGAACGUUCCUGAAUAUGGACUAACACAAAAAUCGGGCAAUGCCAUGCAUGACUCUAGAUGGUAGAUGAAUUACUGCAAAAUCAAAAGUUUUGUUUCAAAUUCAGAAGAAACUGCUACUUCUAUGGAAAUGGAGUGUAAAACAGUGCCUGAUUUGGCCAUGAGCAAAUUCAAGAAAGUGAUUUCUCUUAUGGGUCGAUCCAGAAUUGGCCAUGCUCGAUUCAGAAGAGCUCCGGUGGCUCCACCACCGCCGUCACUGCCGCCGCCACCACGGCCCACUUCUCUUUCAUUGCUAUCGAAUCGAGUUGUAGAUCAAUCAGAACAAUGUAAGGAAGAACCUGAUAACAAAAUUUACUGCCCAAAACCUAUCAAUCGGGUCCCUCCUUGUAUUGAUGAUGCGAACCAAACUUCGGAGAAGACUGUUAAUAUCUCAUACUCGCCGGCAAUUUCUGGUGCAAAGCCUCCUUCGUCUUCUUUGAAAAGGAAGUGCGCCUUGUCGGAAAACGUACUUUCCGGCAAGUGCAGUGAAACUUCCGGCCAGUGCCACUGUUCCAAGAGAAGGAAGCAAAGGGUGAAGAUGGUGAUUAGGGUUCCGGCGAUGGGAACGAAGAUUCCAGAUAUUACGCCUGAUAAUUAUUCAUGGAGAAAGUACGGACAGAAACCCAUCAAAGGAUCUCCAUAUCCUAGGGGUUACUAUAGGUGUAGCAGUGUAAAAGGGUGCCCGGCACGUAAACAUGUGGAGAGGGCUUUGGAUGAACCAAACAUGCUCAUUGUUACUUAUGAAGGAGACCACAAUCAUUCCCUUUCAAAUGCACAAACAAAUAGUUUAAUUUUAGAGUCUACAUUAAGGGCAAAAGUGUAAAAUGUGUAGCACUAACUAACGAUGUUCGGUAUGUCAUCAAUUCUAUCUCGAAGGAGAUUGAGUGAUUUCCUUGUUGUAAAACACUGGAUUUUUUCUUAAUCCAUCAUGAAAUUUGAUACGUUAACUAGGGGAGUUA